CUUUUUGUUGACAAAAUGAACCAAAGCCCUGUGUUUUAUGCCGAGGAGGCAGUGCGUCGCGUGCUUAGUUGGACACUGGUGAACGAGGCGGUUGAGGAAGCCUUAAAGGCGGUUGCUGCGCAGUCGCGCAGUGAAGGCUGCGAGGGGGAGCUGAGCGGUGGUCAAGAGUGCAGUAAUCCAAAGUCAUAUGUAAGUCAACCAAUGCGGAGUUGCACCAAGGCAGGCAGUGAGCCUGGCCAGAUGCUGUUCACCAUGCCCGCCUUUGUGGGCAACUAUCGGCUGACAGCAGGAGGAGCAGCAGGAGGAGGAGGAGGCGGAGAUGCAUCCAAGACUCCCCGCUCGACGCUCGCCUGCAAGCUGGUCACUUCGUUCAGAGGCAACAGGGAUCGGGAGCCGCCCUUGCCAAGCAUAUCAGCAAAUAUACUGCUCUUUAAUGUGCAGACUGGCAGUUUGGAGACCAUAAUGGCUGGCACGGAUAUCACCACAUGGCGCACCGCAUCCGCAUCCGUGGUGGCCACGAAAUAUCUCUACUUCCGUCGCUUUGGUCCAUGUGCCGAGCAUGAGUUGGAAAUCAAUGUGGCCAUCAUAGGCUGUGGCGUCCAGGGUAAGAUACACGCCACCGCAAUGUGUGAAAACUUUAAGGUGAAGCAGCUAAAUCUCUAUAAUCGCACGGAAUCCAGAGCCACUCAGUUGGCAGCGCAACUGCGUCAGCGGCUUGUCAACAGCGGAUUGGACACAGUCCCAAAUAUUGUAGUCUGCAGCACUGCGCGUGCCGCCGUCCACGAGGCGAAUGUCAUCUGUGUGGCGACCUAUUCCCGGGAUCCUCUUAUCAACGCCGAAGAUCUGGGCAGGAAGCGUCCCAUUCACAUCAAUGCUAUUGGUGCCGGCGAGGUGCACUUCGGAGAGGUCUCUACGGACAUCUAUCAGCAGUCCAAGGUUUAUGUCGACAGCAUGGCCAAUGCCGACCAAGAGCUGCGGGACUUUCCCGCCCCAAUAGUCGGCGAAGUGGGCGCGGUUAUCAACAGUGGCAACAUUCCGGAGUCGCUAGCGAUUACUGUAUUUCAAUCCAUGGGCAUGGCAUCCGAGGACGCUUGCGUUGCCGAAGCUGUGCUGUCGGCGCUUCAGUCGGAAACUCGGAAUUCGGAUUGAACUAAACUUUUCGCAGCAGAGCAAUAAUUGUAAAUAAUUAGUAAAUGAUUAUAAUCAUUUAACUUAAGAUCUAUUGCUGAAAGCAAGCAAAUUAGUAACAAAUAGAAAACAACAGGUUGUUUUUUUUUUUGUAAAUUUUUUUUUGUUUUGUAAUCAUUUUAGUAUUUUUUUUAUUUUCAAUGUUUUCUUGUCUUUUGUUUUUGUUUUUGUUGUUUUUUUGUUGUUGAUUUUUUCCUUUUUUGUUUUGAAAUUAAUUUAUUAAUUAAUUUUUAUGUUUACUUAUUAAUUUAGUAUCUGGUUUUUUCAUCGUCAUUAAACAUCUGCUCAAUCGCCUGCCACUUUUUCUUGCUCUUUCCCUAACUUUCUGCCCUUCCAAUAUUAUAUCCAAUAUAUAUAUAUAUCGUAUAUAUAUCAUAUAUGCUGUUAGACUUAAGAAACACGGCCUAGAACCCAGUGGGAAGUAUUAUUUGUUGGGUCGGUUGGCUUUGGGUCCCUGUCUAAGCCCACUUAAUGAUGCCGCCUUUGAGUUGAAAUAAUUUGUUAGCAUAACUAUUAAAUAAUUUGUUUAUAUCAUAUAUCGUCCACAAACAUAUACAUACGAAUAUAUCUAUAUGCUGUUCAGUUAUUCUUAUACUUUUCUUUGCUUUUGUUUUAGUCAAUUUAAAUAUUAUAAUUAUUAAUAAAAUACUCAACAAAUAAUUAAAUUGGGCUUUCUUUCGUUCGACUUCCGCUGCAAAUGAGACACCAGCUUACAGUUGUUGUUUUUCUUGUUGAUCUUGUUGUUGUUAUUCGUACUUUUAUUGAAUUUUUAUAAUUUAUAUUUUGAUUUUUUGUUUUUUUUUUCGUUUCCUUUUUAUUUAGUUAGUACUAUUUAAACACUUAAUAGUUAUUACGUUU